CUUCCUCCGCCUCCUCUCUCUCUCUCUCCACCCUCCAAGCCCAAAUCGGCACCGGCCCGCCCCAAAUCCAGCGCCGCCGCAUCUCUCCUCCAGCAGCAGGCGCGCAGGCGGCGCCGAACAGCAAGCCGGCAGGUUGUUCACGGGUGGGAGCCGCCGCCAUGCAGGAAGCUCCCCUCACUCCGGCCCACCCCGUCGCCUUCGGGUUCUGGCCCAGACCGGUGUGCUUCCCCACCGCCGACGGGCUCUUCUUCUACGGCGGCUGCACCCCCUUCGUCCCGUGCGCCAGCCCGUCGCCGAUCGGCACCCCCUUCGUCCCGUGCGCCAGCCCGUCGCCGCUCGGCACCCCCUUCGUCCCGUGCUCCAGCCCGUCGCCGCUCGGCAGCCCCUUCACGCCGAGCCCCAGGCUUCCGCCGCGCGCCGCCCCCUUCACCCAGAACCCCAGGCCGUCGCCACGCGCCACCCCGUUCACCCCGAGCCCCAGCACCUCGUCGCGCGGCACCCCCUUCACCCCGAGCCCCAGGGCGCACCCGUGCGGCACCCCCUGGUCCUCCUCCUCCUCCUCCGGCUCCCGCGUGGACGAUGCGGCGGCCACGGAGCACCGCCUGCAUCUGGCCCGCCUCGCGCUCCAGUGCCAGGACGCCACCAACCGCUACGAGCUCUGCCUCAGCCACCUCGCCGACGCCGCGCGCGAGGCCGCCGCGCUCCGCCUCGAGAACUCCGAGCUCCGCGUCAUCAACAACGACCUUGCCGGCCGCUUCGCCAUGCUCGGCGGCAACCAGGCCUCCGCCGUCGCGCUGGCCGGGCAGCUCCGCGGCCUCCACCUCGGGCAGAUGCAGGUGCCGGUGCCGGUGCAGGCCGUGGCGUCUCCACCGGUGCUGCCCAUGCCCAUGGCGGGCCCCGCCUCCCCGGCCGAGAAGCACGCGGUGAUGCCCAAGAGCAUCUCCAUCCGCUCGACGGGCUACCUGAAGAUGGCCAGGCGCGGCGGCAAGGGAAAGCAUGGCGUCACGAAGCCGAUGGACGUCGGCUCGCAGCGCGUGUUCGUGGGCGUGGACGUGGACGGCGCCAAGGCGGAGGAGCACCAGGGCGCCAGCGACGGCGGGGACAGGCGCGGCCAGGUGGUCAAGUCCGCCAGCGGGCUGGAGUUCGAGGCGUACAGCCAGGGCAUGUACAAGACGGAGCUGUGCAACAAGUGGGAGGAGAGCGGGGCGUGCCUGUACGGCGACCAGUGCCAGUUCGCGCACGGCAUCGCCGAGCUCCGCCCCAUCAUCCGCCACCCGCGCUACAAGACCCAGGUCUGCCGCAUGGUCAUCGGCGGCGGCCUCUGCCCCUACAGCUACCGCUGCCACUUCCGCCACUCCAUCACCCCUGCCGACUACAUCCCCCUCCUCCACCCCUGAUCGCUACACAUGCCAGUGCUCCAUCGCCGACGGCCACUCACUCUGCUCGCUUCACUCCCUCACUCCUUCUUCGGUUCCUCCCUUUCGUAAACUAUAUAUGCCACAUUGGAAAACAAACUAAGAACUCCAAAAUGGGAGACCUAAAUAAGGCAAAUUUUGAUUUAGAUGCACAGAGCAAACGGCACUUCAUUAGAGUUGGCACAUGCAGGGCAAAAAUGUGAAUAGAGCUAUUUAAGCUGCUUUAUUGUUACAUGGGGAUUGAACUGGGAUUCUGGAUCAUUAGAGAGGUGAAUUUCUAUAUGUUGGGGUGUUCUUUCUUACAUGGUUUGUUAUAUAGUCAUUGGUUGAAGUUACAUGAUCUUUGUUCCUUAGUCGCGUUUCGAGAGGAAAUUAUGGGCAUAGCGAUGUAACUAAAUCUCAAUUCGUGUUAUUUUUGUUCUGUCUUGUGGCAGGAAGAUCAAGCUACUUCAAACUUCAGUUGCAUUGUUUUUUGGACAAUUGAAGUAAUUUUUUAGGAGCAUGUCAAGUAUAGAUGUUAAUUAUAUGACUUGCAUAUUGUUUA